AACCGGCCAAAAUAUAAAAUACCGCUCUUCCAUCUUUCCAUCUCAUCCUAUAAAAAUCUCUCUAUUUUUACACUUCUAUUCGUGACUCUCGUUUCUUCUUUUCCAAGCCCUCAUCUCAUUCCCAACAAAAGCUAUCUCAGAAUAUUAAGACGAAACAAAAAUCUCUCUCUCUCUCUCUCUCUCUCUCUCUCUCUCUACUAUGGAAGGAGAAGCAGAUGGAUACGGUGGAAUCGAAGAGGUUUGCGGUUUGUGCGGUGAUAUAGGCUUCCGAACCGCUUUGUUUCCGUGCAAGAGAUGUGGUUUUAGGCUCCAACACUCGUAUUGCAGUAGAAAAUAUCCAAACAUCGACAUCAAAAGCUGGUGCUGUGACUGGUGUCUACACGAGGAAGAGAAGCAGGCAAGCAGAAAGAGCAGGGUCUUUGAAUUCCUGCUAGAGAUUGCCCAGUCCUUUCCUGAGAAAUCACCGUCCGGAAACGAGGAGAAGAGGGUUUGCAGGAGAGAGGAGAAGAGAAUCGCUAGCUCCACUGGAGAAAAAGGCGGGUUGAAGAAGAACAGCAAGGCCUUGGAUCGGUGGAGGAGCCUAGCCAAGAACAAGAUCGGCUGCCGGAGAUACAAGCUCCUUGCUGACGUAUGUUGAGAUCCCCGCAAGUUUUCGCCGGAAUCUGACGCUAUCGACGCCCAAAAAAAAAACAGAAGAAAAAGGUCGGUUUUUGCGUUAUUGUGGUUAUUGCUGUGCGUGUAUCUUUUAAAUGAAUCUCUCCCAAAAAAAGGAAAAAAAAAAAAGAAGUGUCAGACAAUCUCGCCGUUGACUUGUGUCCAAGCUUCGUUUUGUCGUCAGUUUCCCGACGAGACAUCGAAUUCUGAGAUGGAUCGCCGGCGUGAGGUAAUUUUCUAAAUAUCAUUUUGUCCUUAUUCGGAAUUAGAGGAUGGAGGCUGAAUUCAGAACAAGUUAUCGAAAAUGCCAAAGUUCUAUUUAGAAAAGAAAGAAAGGGAUUGUGUAUUCUGUCCAUCAAAACGAAACACGUGUCUAAUGCUUUCCGAGUGGGGGGUGAAGCCCGUUAUCGUUGCAGUAGCUUACACUACUAGUAGCCACCCAUUUUUUAUUUA